AUCAACUUGGUUUAGUUGAGAUUUAACAUGGAAAAGUAUCAUGUCAUAUUACUUUUUAGUUUUGUUCGUAUAUUUGGUGCCUAUAAUCAGUAAGGACUAUUUGUUUGAUAGCUACUGGGAUCCAUAUAACAGUAAAUAUGGCCAUUUUUCCGAGAAAGAAAGACUGGAGAUGCUCGAAGCUGCCAGAAAUAUGUUUCAUUUUGGAUACGACAAUUACAUGCAGCAUGCGUACCCCGAAGACGAGUUGAACCCGAUCGACUGCAGUGGACGAGGUCACGAUGUUGAUAACCCGUCUAAUAUCAACAUCAAUGAUGUGUUGGGUGAUUACAGUCUGACGCUAGUGGAUUGUCUGGAUACACUUGCAGUGAUGGGUAACAGCAGUGAAUUCAUAAAAGCCGUGAACCUGUUAAAAAUGCAGCUCAACUUUGAAAAGAACAACACUGUGCAGGUUUUUGAAGCCUCUAUCAGAGUUCUAGGUGCCUUGUUGUCGGCCCAUCUCAUUAUCACUGAUCCCCAGCAACCAUUUGGUGACAUGGUUCCACCCGACUAUGACAACGAGCUCCUACACCUGGCUCAUGACCUGGCCACCAGACUGGUGCCAGCCUUUGAGAACACCGCCACUGGGAUUCCUUACCCCAGAGUGAAUCUUCGUUACGGUGUUCCCCUGGACUGCAUCAACGAGACGUGCACUGCCGGGGCUGGUACCUUGGUGCUGGAGUUCGGGGUCCUGUCCCGUCUGCUUGGAGAUCCUGUGUAUGAGAGUUUAGCUCGGAGAGCUGUGAAGAGUCUGUGGAAAUACAGGUCGAACGUCACAGGACUUUUAGGCAAUGUGAUAAACAUUCAAACGGGGGAGUGGGUGAGCAGGAUGAGUGGAUUGGGAGCAGGAAUGGAUUCCUUGUUUGAAUAUCUCUUAAAAUCAUAUAUUUUAUUUGGGGAAGAGCAAGAUCUCAGGAUGUUUAAUGAAUCCUAUGAAACUAUAAAAUAUCAUUUACGACAAGGGCGGUCGCAGUGUAACGAUGGUAUUGGUAAUCCACCUAUCUAUGUGAAUGUUGACAUGCGGACUGGUGAUACAGCCAAUACAUGGAUAGACGCUCUGCAGGCUGCAUGGUCAGGAGUACAGGUGCUAAACGGUGAUAUAGAGGAGGCGAUAUGCUCACACGCUUUGUACUACUCGAUAUGGAGAAAAUACGGAAGUCUUCCUGAGCGCUACAACUGGCAGCUGAAGAAACCCGAUGUCUUGUUUUACCCACUCAGGCCAGAGUUUAUAGAAUCCACGUACUUCCUAUACCAAGCAACAAAAAACCCCUUCUACCUCCAUGUGGGAAGGGAUAUAAUAAAUGAUUUAGAAGAUUAUACCAAGGCAGAAUGUGGCUAUGGUACUAUUCAUGAUGUCAACACCAAAACACUUGAAGAUCGAAUGGAAAGCUUUUUUCUCGGUGAAACCUGUAAAUAUUUAUUUUUGUUGUUUGAUGUUGACAACCACUUGAACAAGAAGUCAUCCGAGUACCUGUUUUCCACCGAGGGCCACAUUUACCCGAUAGACCGACGGUUUCGCCGGAAGCCCUGGGAGGAAUGGAAGCCGGUGGUCAGCGAACCUCUCGUUUCAGUGGUAGACGCAAGAACCAACAUCUCAAACUGUAAUAACAUUCCACUGGAAAGCAAACACUUUCUCCCGAUGAAAAGCCGAUACUUUCAUCAGAUGGAAGUUGCUGUGGGACUCUAUGAUAACUAAUAAACUUCAGGGAAUCGGUGCCAGGAUUAAAUUACCAUGCAGUGAAAAGAGAUAAAAACAUCACAGGGCUUCUAGAAUUUUUAUAAAAUCCACUAGCCAUGGGAUCAGUGAUUUUAAAAAUUUACUAGCCACGAUUAAAAAUUCACUAGCCCUACUUUACUUAAAGCUAAUACAA